GCAACCGUCCAUGCCCCUCGCUGGCAGCACUAUAUAUCUCCUAAUAGACUUUCCCACUCGAGCAAAAUCUCGACGGGAGCGGCUAGGGUUUCUGCGAUUUCUCUCUUCGUUCAGUUCAAAGAUGCCUCGAUAUGACGAUCGCUACGGCGGCACAAGGUUGUAUGUUGGUCAUUUGUCUUCCCGCACUCGUACACGUGAUCUUGAAGACCUUUUUAGCAGAUAUGGCAGAGUACGUGAUGUGGCUUUGAAGCAUGACUACGCCUUUGUUGAAUACAGUGAUCCUAGAGAUGCAGAUGAUGCAAGGUACAGCUUAAACGGAAGGGAUUUUGAUGGAAGUCGAAUCAUUGUGGAAUUCGCUAAAGGGGGUCCACGAGGCUCAGGAGAGAGAGGAGGCGGAUCCCGUGAAUAUCUUGGAAGAGGGCCCCCACCUGGCUCUGGUCGGUGCUUCAACUGUGGGAUUGAUGGGCACUGGGCAAGAGAUUGCAAAGCAGGGGAUUGGAAAAACAAGUGCUAUCGCUGUGGAGAAAGAGGUCACAUAGAAAGAAACUGCCACAACAGUCCCAAGAGUCUGAGACGUGGCCGAAGUUAUUCUCGAUCGCUAUCUCCUCGCCCUCGUCGUGGUAGAAGCCGGAGCCGAAGUUUCAGCCGUAGUCGUAGCUACAGUCGAUCUAGAUCUCCUGCUCCAAGGAGAAGGGAGCGAAGCCUAGACCGAGACGACAGGCGAUCUAGAAGCCCUAGAUACAGCCCCAAAUCAAAGAACAGUCGCAGUCCUCCACCAAAGUCAAGAAACCGCAGCAUUUCUCCCGAAGGUAGCGGAAGCCCACCACCAAGGGAGCAGAAAAAAGCUGAACAAAACGGCUCAGAGUACAGCGGAAGCCCAAAGAGAAACGACAGCCGGAGCCCUAUCAGCCAAGAAAGAGAGGGUUCUCCAGAGGCAAAUGGCCGGAGCCCGAGCCCUAGGGAUUAUGGGGAUGCCGAUGACAACAACAACAAUAAUAAUCACGGGUCGAAAGGCAGUGAAUCCCCGCAGGAAUAAGGUUUAUAUGGUUUAGUUGGUAUAUUUAUGGACUGUGGUUUGUUUGGAGAACGUUUAUUUUUCCUUUUUUGGUUUGAAGUCGGAUGCUCUCUUUGUGAGUCUGGUGUAUCAGUUAGUUUCUAAAAUUGGAGUUGGGAUUUGCAUUUAAAGUUAUGAAGUUGUUUGCUUUGAGACAGUUACAACACUCUUUUGGUUAUAAAACAGUUUCUAUUUGAAUGAGA